AUGGAAGUGCGUGGUCCUCAGAGGAAUCCCAGCUACCUCUCAGAUCUCUAUGAGAACAUGUUAAGGGCUGAAGGAGCAGUGGGACGAGGGAAGCAGCAGCCCCCAGCAGUCCAUACAAGUAGCAGCAAGACUUUUCGGAGCAGUGCCCCAGCCAAGGUGAGUCCCCAGGCAGAUAACCAUCCGAGCAGCACGUCCUCCAGCUGUGACCCAGCCCUGCGGCCCAUCAUCCGCCGCCGAGCGCGGUCCCUGCCGACAUCGCCCGAGAGGAGGAAGAGAGCAGCGGUGCCGUGUCAGGAGCCCGGCUGCCAGAGCCGCGGCCGGGUCAGGUUUGCUGAUGCUUUAGGCUUGGAGCUCACCGAAGUGAAAGUCUUCCAGACUGGGGAGGAUCCAUGCAUCCCUUUGCAUGUCCUUUCCAGGCUCUCCAUAAACUCAGACCUCUGGUACAGCAGCUUGAACUUGGAGUUUACUAUGCAGUGCUUGGUCCCUGACUUCCAGCAGCCUGCAGACUGCCUGGAUUUCUCAUCCCGACUCCAGGAGCAGCAGGUGUGUCUGGAGCGGGUGACCAGCUCGGAUCUGGGGCUCAGUGGCACCAUCCAGGUUCGGAAUGUUGCUUUUGAGAAGCAGGUGUCCGUGCGCUACACCUUCAACCAGUGGGAAAGCAUCCAUGAGGUGUGUGCUCGUUGGGACUGCAGCAUCCCCGACAAAAACGGGCAGGAUCAGGUUGAUGUGUUCACUUUCUUUCUUCCUGUGCCUCCUUUCCUCCUUCAGCUGAGCACUCUCCUCCAGUUUGCAGCAAGGUACCAAGUCAACGGCCAGGAGUACUGGGAUAACAACAGAGGCAAGAACUACACCCUCAGGUGCCGGACUCACCCCCUGAAGCUGCCGAGGGAAUGUGAGGAGAGCUGGAUCCACUUCAUCUGAACAAAGGGAGAGGUGCUGAGCAGCUGCCAGUGGUCUCGGUGGCUCUCUGUCCCUUGGCAUGGCUCUCUGCUCCCAUGGCAGCAGUCUUCUUUUUGAAUCCUGCCAGACCCAGCCGAGUGUCCCAGGGCUGGGCAGCAGCCAGUGACCUGUACAAACUGCUCUAAACCUCUGGGAAAGUUAAAAGGGCCAAAAGCUGGAGUGAGAUACAAUCACAGAAAGGCCAUGUGAGUUUUUUGAGUGCAUGAGUCAUUGCAGAAUGGUUCCCAGGAAUGCUGUGAGGAUACCAGAGAGCAAAACAACACAUUUCUUGUUGCUAGUGAUACUCUUGGUUGCAUAGAAUGUUUCUAGCUGAUCUCUCUUAACAUUUUGUACUGUUUGUUUUCUAAGUGGACAGUGUGGCUUUACUGGUUUUGUUUCUAAUUUUGUUUAUAUUACUUCACCAAGUCAGGGCACUAUUCCAUUUAUGCAUAAUUUGGAUGACAGACUCUGUAGGGAGUACUUGUUUUUAUAUACAUAUGUUAUUAAGGCUGUAACCACAUUAAAUAUUUCCAUUAAUAUCUGAGUUAGAAAUUAAAUGCUACUAUGAGCAGAACAUACAGGAAAAUGUGCCAUCAGCCCCUCUGUUUCCCUUGGGAAAAAAACAAAAGGUGCCUUUUCUUGUCUUCUCCUUGCAGCAGGAGUGAUUGUUACCAAAGUGUGUGUAAGGCAGAUCUGCCUGGGGAAAUUCUCACCUUUGUCAAGUGAUGCCCAAGUAGGUUUUUCUCAAGGUGGUGGUACAGAAAAUUGUCCUUUCCUGGUGCUUACCUACUUUUACUAAGGGAAACAAGACCAAUUUUGGGCUUGUGUUGCAAAUGCAGUUGAAGGUAUCAAAGAUCGAGAAAUGGAUAUGAUAUAAAUAUAUAUAUAUGAGGAAAAGAAAUAGUACAGGGAGCAGGGUACAGGGGCUUGGAAUAGCAUUCCAGAACCCUGAAUCAUAGUUGUUCCCCAGUGUUCCAGAACUACUGCAGAAGUAGCUUUGACUUCUUUAUUUAACUGCUUGCCAUUGUAAAACAGUUGAAUUCCCAAGACUGCAGCCUUUGCAACACAAGCUGGAACUUGAAAGCGCUUUAUUUGGUAAACUGCUACUUACACAGACCCUAAAGAGAAUCCCUUCUGCUGCACAGGAACACUGUUAGGCCAUCUUCCAGUGCUUCUUGCUCUUAUUAUUUUUGCUCUGUGGUUUUAGUGUGGUUUAAGAUUUGCAACAGGCUUAAAUUUAUUAAGUAAAAGCUUGUCCUUGAUUGUUGCCAUACAGAAUCAUUACUGCAUGGAAAGUUUAGCUUUAUAUGUGUAGCAUAGACUUUCAGAGCUGACUGGCUGGAGAUAUUAGAAGAGAUUAUGUGUUUUAGGACUGUGCUGUGAAAGUCAGGCCACUUACUUGGACAUCUUAUUUUGGAUUGGUGCUCAUUUAUCAAAAUCAUAAGUUGUUUGUAAAAUCACAGUUGUAAGCAACCAAUUAUAUAUUAUAUAAUAUAAUGUUGGUUGGCCAAUUAUAUAUUAAUCUGAAAAGUCCACUGAGUAAUUCUGGAAGUGCAGAAACCCCAAGAAAAUUAAUUUUACUGCCAAGUUAAUGCUGUUUCUUUGUUGUGAUGCCCAUUUAGCAAAGCUGGGCUUUCAAGUGAGGAAGCUGCCUCAUUCCAUUGGUCUUUGGCUUUCAGAGGAACCAAAGUCAGGAAUGAGGAUUCUGUGAGCUGCUGAGCACCUUUGGCAGAGUACUCAGAAAGCUCAAUCCUAUCUGAAAGCUCAGUCCUAUCUGAACAUGCACACACAUGCACAGAAGUGCUGAAUAAAAGGCACUAUUUUCAAGCUUUGUUCCCCCCUCUUUUUCCAUUCCACAGAACUGUUCUUCCAUCAGCACACUAUAAAAACCCCUCUCUUACCAGACACCCAUUCACAGUGGGCUGGAGCUCAAAGCAAUACUUGCUUUUGUGCCAGAAGGACGUUGCUGCCUUCUGGGACAGACUGUUAUGUGCUAGCAAAUGUCAGACCUCAGUGUUCCCUUGGCCAGGUCAGAUUUUGUAAAGCUGAAGCUGUCAGGAGAAAAGUUCAUGCCAGGUGUGGCACAGCGUGAGAGGGGUGGAGAAAUGAAUGUCUCAGCAGCCUGAGUUGGGCUUCUAUUGUCUUCCCUCCACAACCUCUCAGGGUAUUACUGUGUGCAAGGUCUUGAAUACUAAAUACUGAAGCAUUAUCCCAAGUUUCUUUUUGCUCUCUGUGCUGGUCUGCAGUGCUGGAGCAGGGCUGACAGUUCAGUUCGUGCCAGUGCAGUUCUCUGGCUCUGCUGCCUCAGUGGAGCAGUGGAGCUGGGAGCCAUCUCCAGGUUAAGCUGCUAAACCUUCACACCAGCACUGGCACCUGUCACAGCAGAGCUGAUAUUUGCACUUAGGUUUUUCUUGCCACACUCAGUAAUGAACACCAAAUGGCUUCUGGUUGGCAAAAACGGGAUGAAGCCAUUUAGUGCUAAUAUGCACCUGUCGUGAAGGUAAACUGACACCACAUUUAUAUCUUCUCAGGACAACUCGACUGCUUGCACUGUGUUCAAAUUGAGCACUUCCCUUAUAAUGAGGAUUUUGUAAUAGUGAAUUCUUCACAAGGAUUAUCACCAUACAAUGCACUUUUAAAAACAUGUAUUUAUUAUUGUUAUACAGUAAAUGAAUGUCUAGUAGUCCACGGUUUCGAGGUUCUCUCAUGCAUGUUUUUUAAAGAAAUAUGAAAUCCAUGUAAAAAAGAAGGGGUUGUACAUUACACAGUAUAUCAAUGAAGCCCAUAUGCUGGGCAAAAGGUCCAGCAGUUGUAAAAUUACAAAGUGCUUAAUUAAUUUUAAAAAGCAAUAAUAAAACUAUGGCUAUUGUAAUACAGAAGAUUGAAAUAAAAAAUUUUCACAAUUUUCUCUUGUUUCUGUCAGUGGUAGU